AUGAUUUCUCUCUGCAAUUAUUCUUUGAUUGUCUUCCUUGUUGCGACAAUCAUUUGUCAAUUUGGUGUAAAGGCACCUCGUCAACCAAGAAAUCGCAAUCGAGGAGAACAAAAUCCUGUGGUAAAUAAUUUAAAUUUAAUUGAGAGAAGACUGUAGACCAGCCAACAGAAAAAAUCAAAAUCAGUGGCGACA